AUGGACGAGAGCGAACGCACGCACAGGGUCGAGGCGGAGGCGCAGGCGAGACGGUUGGAGGAGGCGUCGACGCGCGCGGACGCGGAGACGGCGACGAUCGAUGCGCGCGCGACUGGACGGUUGCGCGCGCUCCGCGAGACAUUUGAAAGUGAGGACGCGCGCGCGGACGAACGGUGGCGAGAAGACGUUCAAGAGGCGUUGGAGCGCGCGGAGGCGGGACGCACAGCGUUUGAGCGAGAACAAGACGCGAGGCGCGCGAGUUUUGAAGACAAACGAGAGGAGAUUCGGAAUCAGCACGGCGAGGACGUGUCGACGAUGAAAAUUAUGUAUGAAAACAAAAUCAAAGAGCUCGAGAGCGAGCUCGCGCGAGUGACCGCGCCGAGCGUCACGAAGGGAGAAUUAGGAUGCGCCGACAAUCACUGGGACGCCGAAGAAGAGCUCGACCACGAACGAGCGUACGAGCUCAUUCGCGCGCGUGACGACGCGGACGCGAAACGCCUGGCGAACACAAAGCGCCAGAUCCAGAAACUCCAAUCCAAAGUCGAUCAUUGGCGCGAGAAGACGCACUCGCGAACUUCUGAAUGGAACGCCUCGCACGCUCGCCGCGUCGCCGAGCGAGACCAACUCCUUCGUCGAUACGACGACGUGAAAUCCGGCGUCACCGCCAUGCGCGACGCCCGCGCAUCGGCGCUGCGCAAAAUGUGCGUCUCAAGCGAGCACGCCAUAAAAGAGCUCACGAGAACCUUGGAGCACGCUCGCCGCGUGCUCCGCGUGGAAUCGCUCAACGCCGACCUUCGUCGCCGGCACGGCGUCGACGUCGAAGCGUCCACACAUUCGCCUCGCCGUUCCUCGCGCGACGCCGCGAGCGACGCCAUCGCCGACUAUCAUUUCUCCGACGCACCUAUGGAUUACGCGCAGAGCGUCCUCGAGCGGUUUUACGCCCGCAGAACGGCUCAAUCUUCCCCUCGCGCGCCGUAG